AUGGCGGCGGUAGCUGCGGGUGGUUCGGGCUCGGCGGCCGGGGCGGCCCCUCAGCAGCAGCAGCCGCCGCCGCAGCAGGCGGCGGGGGGCGCGGCGGGCUCGGGCUCCGGGGAGGCCGGCGGGGGCGGCGCUGGGGCCGGGGCGGGCUCGGGCGGCGGGGCCGGGCCCGGAGGCGGGGGCGAGUCGUGGUACCUGGCGCUGCUGGGCCUGGCCGAGCACUUCCGCACGUCGAGCCCGCCCAAGGUGCGGCUGUGCGUGCACUGCCUGCAGGCCGUGCUGCCCCGCAAGCCGCCGGCCCGCAUGGAGGCCCGCACCCACCUGCAGCUGGGCUCCGUGCUCUACCACCACACGCGCAACGGGGACCAGGCCCGCGGGCACCUCGAGAAGGCGUGGUUGAUAUCACAACAAAUUCCACAGUUUGAAGAUGUUAAAUUCGAAGCAGCCAGCCUUCUGUCUGAACUGUACUGUCAAGAGAAUUCAGUUGAUGCAGCAAAGCCUUUGUUGCGUAAAGCCAUCCAGAUUUCACAGCAGACUCCGUACUGGCACUGUAGACUACUUUUUCAGCUUGCCCAACUUCACACACUUGAAAAAGAUUUGGUAUCUGCAUGUGACCUUCUAGGAGUUGGAGCAGAAUAUGCCCGGGUAGUAGGAUCAGAAUAUACCAGGGCACUGUUUCUGCUAAGUAAAGGGAUGCUUCUUCUAAUGGAACGGAAACUGCAGGAAGUGCACCCACUCCUUACUUUGUGCGGACAGAUAGUUGAAAACUGGCAAGGAAAUCCCAUCCAGAAAGAAUCAUUGCGUGUAUUCUUCUUGGUGCUGCAGGUGACUCAUUACCUGGAUGCUGGGCAGGUGAAAAGUGUGAAACCAUGUCUGAAGCAGCUGCAGCAGUGCAUUCAGACCAUAUCGACUCUUCAUGAUGAUGAAAUUCUACCCAGCAACCCAGCAGAUCUCUUUCACUGGCUGCCGAAGGAACACAUGUGUGUGCUGGUCUACCUGGUGACAGUGAUGCAUUCCAUGCAAGCAGGAUACCUGGAGAAGGCACAAAAGUACACCGACAAAGCACUCAUGCAGCUAGAAAAGCUAAAAAUGUUGGACUGCAGUCCUAUUUUGUCAUCUUUCCAAGUUAUUUUGUUGGAACAUAUUAUCAUGUGUCGGCUUGUCACGGGGCACAAAGCUACAGCACUGCAGGAGAUCUCGCAAGUCUGUCAACUCUGCCAGCAAUCUCCCAGACUGUUUUCUAAUCAUGCUGCGCAGCUACAUACUCUCCUAGGGCUUUACUGCAUUUCUGUUAAUUGCAUGGACAAUGCAGAAGCACAGUUUACUACAGCAUUGCGGCUCACCACACAUCAGGAAUUGUGGGCAUUUAUUGUGACAAACCUGGCCAGUGUGUACAUCAGGGAAGGCAACAGACAUCAAGAGCUUUACAGUUUAUUGGAAAGGAUAAAUCCAGACCACAACUUCCCUGUAAGCUCUCACUGUCUCCGAGCAGCUGCUUUCUACAUCCGAGGUCUGUUCUCCUUCUUCCAAGGAAGAUACAAUGAAGCAAAACGGUUUUUGCGAGAGACACUGAAAAUGUCAAAUGCAGAAGACUUGAACCGAUUAACAGCAUGUUCUCUUGUACUCCUGGGUCAUAUAUUCUAUGUGUUAGGGAAUCACAGGGAAAGUAAUAACAUGGUGGUACCAGCCAUGCAACUUGCUAGCAAGAUCCCAGACAUGUCUGUGCAACUAUGGUCUUCAGCUCUGCUGCGAGAUCUGAACAAAGCCUGUGGAAACGCAAUGGAUGCUCAUGAGGCUGCACAGAUGCAUCAGAACUUUUCACAGCAGCUUCUUCAGGACCAUAUUGAAGCUUGUAGUCUUCCAGAACACAACCUAAUUACGUGGACAGAUGGACCGCCUCCUGUACAGUUCCAGGCUCAGAAUGGACCCACCACCAGCCUGGCCAGUCUCCUGUGAAAGAGAAACUACCAGGACAAUGCUUAAAAAAUGUAGCCAAAAUGGGGGGGGAACAGAACAUUUUCCCAAAAACUUUUCUGCAAAGAAGAAAAAGCAAAUUCCUCUUCUAGCAAGGGCCUCGUAGGAAAUGGAUUGAUAAUCACAUAAUGUAUAUUUCAUAGACUUACAAAGCGAGAAGGGCAUUUUAAGCUGCUUUUAUGUAGCCUGUUUGAACAUACAGCUAGUUUGUGUGUAUACUCACAAUCUGGUUUUAACUUGUUUUCCUCUUGUCCAGAAUUAAGGUUUAGACAAAGAGGAACACUUGUUCCUUAAAUUGGCUAGAUGUUUGUUUUUAAAAAAGACAAUACCAGAAAAUGAAGAAUGUAUUCAGAUUGGAGCAGUGAUCAUAAUCUAAAUAUUUAAACCC